CUUACAAAUUAUGACAGCCAUUUGUGGUGGCUAGUUUCGUGUCAAAAUAUUUUUGUUUUGUUCCUCGUAUUUUAUCGUAAAACCCGCAUAAUAUGCGUUAUUUGUGAUGUUUUCUACUUACUAUAAUGGUCUACUACAUGGACUAACAAUAAUCACUGUGGAUGAUUACCAUGCUUUGGUGAUAGAAUCUUCGUAAUCAGAAGUGGUCUUCAGUCAUGUCAGAUUGCGCGCUGGUGUCCAAUGUAAGCGAACACGAUGCGAGUAUGGACGUGGGUAACGACAAGUCUCUCUUCGAGCCUACCGUUGAUAUGAUGGUAAAUGACUUUGACGACGAGAGAACACUUGACGAAGAAGAGGCACUAGCGGCGGGCGAGCAGCAAGACCCCAAGGCCGAGCUCAAUAGCCUGCAAAAAGAGGGUGAUAUGCCCUUGGAGGAACUACUUGCAUUAUACGGGUACGAUAGAAGUAUGGAUAAACCAGCGCCUGAACAACCACCAGAGGUUGUGCCGGAGGAGAAUUUAAAAACUGAAUCCGCCUUGCAACAGUUAUAUAGUGAAACCGCCAGUCCGGAAGCAACCCGCUGCCUUCGAUCGGGUUCACGGCCACCAUCGGAAGAGGAAGAAGAUUAUGAUUAUAGUCCCGAUGAAGAAGACUGGAAAAAAACAAUAAUGGUUGGUAGUGACUACCAAGCCGGCAUACCUGAAGGCUUGUGCAGUUAUGAUGAUGCCCUGCCUUAUGAAAAUGAAGAUAAACUACUUUGGAACCCAAGUGUCUUGGAUGAGAAGGUGAUAGAGGAUUAUAUGAAGAAAAUUUGUGCUAUGAAUACAGGAACGGGUGUAGAUGCUGUCCCUAAGGGGAAGCAUCUCCGUGAUGAUGAGGAAGCUCUAUUUCUUCUACAACAAUGUGGUCACAAUGUUGAGGAAGCAUUAAGAAGACGACGCAUUUCUGCACAGACCCCAGCACACGCAAGUUUAUGGUCAGAGGAGGAAUGUCGCAACUUUGAGAAUGGUAUUAAAGCACAUGGAAAGGAUUUUCACCUCAUAAGACAGCACAAGGUCCGGACUAGGUCAGUAGGGGAGCUUGUGCAGUUCUAUUACAUUUGGAAAAAGACAGAGAGACAUGAUAUCUUUGCAAAUAAAGCUCGACUAGAGAAAAAGAAGUAUACAUUACAUCCAGGACAUACAGAUUAUAUGGACAGGUUUUUAGAGGAGCAAGAGGCGACAGGAACUGCUGGUCUUGUCAGACCUGCAUCGCCAUCUUCUAUGAUGGUAUAUGUACCGUCACCGGCUACUCAGCCAGAUCCCCUAGCUGUAGGAGAGAAGGAGGUGUACUCACAAUUGAAUGUCCACAUGACACCUCCAAGAACACUUUCUACAGAAGAGCAAGAGCCUGAAACCGGUUCCUAAUACAUGAUCUUUGGCUAUGCCAUUUGUCAAGUAGAAUGCACUGUUUAUGUCCUGUUAGGAUGUCUUGAUAAAACCAAAUUUCUGAUCACACUUAAUUGUGCAUAUGAUUAACUGUAAUAUCAUAUUGUAUACCUGACCAGAAAUUAAGUUUUAUCACAAUGAAAAACUAUAUCCUUUAAUGGGACAUAGCAAAACUAUGAUGUUAGAUUUUAAGGGCUAAGAUAUCCCCUUAUUCAUGAAUAUGGUUAGGUAUUUCUUUUAGUACUUUUGAAUUGCUGACUGCAUUUUUAUAUUAAUGAAUGGACAUUUUAUAAUAAUGAUUUAUUUAUGGAUUUUAACAGUACAAUGUAAAUAAUCAAGUAAUUAUGUUGACUAUUUGUGAGUAAGGGAAUUAAGCCAGUUGACAUACAGAUGUAUGGAUUUUAAUUUUGAUGAUGGUGUUGUAAAAAUUGUGCGCAUUAAAAUAAACAGUGCAAAUACAAACUUUUGCUUCGUU